AUGUUAUUAAAAAGUAUGAAAAAAACAGGUAGAUAUUGACGAUUGUUUGUUAAAACUAACUAAUGCGGAUACAAUUUCUGAAUAUACCAAGGUUUUUAUGACACAUUUUCUAGAAGAAUUAAAAAUGACAUGUUUUAGGCGAAAUAACGCAUUUUUUCGACAAAGGUACAUGUUUUUAAGAAAAUAUUUUAAAAUACGAAUUUCUUUGAAGCGAAACGUAAUGUAAGUACCUCACGAUUGAAUAAAUAUUUAUUUUUAAAUUUAAAAAAUAAAAUAUAUUUCUUAAAAUUUAAAUUUUUUUAUUACAGGUUGGAUAGAACAAUAUUGUACCUUCUUUUUAUUCUUGGCCAGAACCCUCGAAUUCGCCACUACCGACGUCAGUCUGAUUAAACCCAUCACCUGGAUCAUCGUUGUUGAGAAACGAGAUGAGAUUGGCGUUUUGUCCGCAUAUCAGGUUAGGCAACUGAUCUCUCAAGUCGAUCAACAACUCCACUGUAUCUCCAUCGGCUUCAGGCGUUUGGAAAUAAAACUCGGUGAUAGCUUGGCAACCACUUUUUCUCACUUGAUUCCGUUCACGGCGUAG